AUGCGCUACUCAAACCCUGUUGCCUUAUGGCUUGCAAGCCUGGUUACAACCAGAGCGCAGCAUUUUUCUCAAUAUUCAAAUGACUGGGGUUCAUUGAAUUUGACACAGGUAUGCUUCAGUGCGCUCAACACGACUGUUUCUUCUUGUCCCUCAUUUCUCGCGCGCACCACUACUGGAGACUCUUCUGUGAAUAUCUUGCCGGAAGAAGCUCUCACUCUACUAUGUAUCGAUGAAUGUCGGAGUGAAUUGGAAUCUGUUCGUGCUGGCAUUGCGUCUGCAUGCACGGGAAGUCAGGAUGUCAUGGUAUAUGAGGCAACUUUCACCGUGGACAAUUUGCUUUAUACUCAUGACGUGACUUGCUAUCAAGACUCCUCAACCGGAACAUUUUGCGAUUUGAUCUUGGCUGAAUGGCGCAACGAGACCAAUAUUACAGACACCGCUCAUGAUUGUGACGACUGCACUCUCGGACCCAUGAAGCUCCAGCUUGACUGCCGCGCCACGGGAUGCUCGUAUACUUCGCCUGCUGGCUAUGCAUUGAGUACUUCGACUACAGCCACUGCAGACACUGACAUCGACUGUUCAUCUACAUACACGGUGCAAACGAAUGACACGUGCAACUCCAUUGCUGCCGGCCAGAAUCCGGAUGCUGGGGAUGAAGUCUGUAUUCCCUCUACUUGCAACACCACAACCCUAUUACACGGUGACUCUUGUAACGGCUAUGAGGCUUCCUGGAAUGCUAGUAUGGCCCAAAUUCUUUCCUGGAAUCCGAUCAUCAGUGAUACAUGCGACAAUCUCGAUCUUUUUGUGGGUUGGACCCUCUGGUCUCGGGUUGAGGCAGAUGAUGGUUGCGCAACGAUAUCCGUCGCCAAUGGCAUCAACACCGACGAGUUUCUAUUUCUCAGCCCUGAAGUCUGGUCAAAUUGCCCUAACCUCUGGGUCUACUACGCUUACUGCAUCGAGGCGGUUGGUGAUGUGGCAACCUAUUCCGGAUGGACUCAGACCGUCACCACGACAGUCUUUACCAAGCCCGCGAGUACAACCACCACAUGGACCGCGGGACCCACGUAUACGAUGCCCCAUGCUCCUGGGACCGAGACCAGCUGUGCGGUAUAUCGGGACCCCUACAAUGCAGCCACCAACCCAAUGAAGUCACUGGGCAUUAAUACUGAUUUUCUGUCCAACUUUGCCUCAAAUUUCAGCACCUGUUCGUUCUAUGCCGACUUCUUCCGAGUCACGGGGGACGAGGCUGUUGGUUGGAAUCCCAGUCUGAAUGCGGACAAUUGCACGCUGGACGCAGCGUACAGCUAUUGCGUACUGAUUUCAAGCGAUUGUAUGCACCCACCCACCUCUUUUCCCUUGACCAUAUCUUUCGCUACACUCCUAGUGCCCCCGGCUAAUCUCUGUAAUUCCUUCUACAAAAGCUUCGACUGUGAUAUGUUGCUUGAGACCGAAUUCACUUGCCCAAUAUAG